CAGUAAAUUGCUUAAUUACUUAGAGUAGCUGCUAUCAGAAAAGAAGAAAUUCUAUUUAAGACAGCACCUUUAGCUACGUUCCGUAAACCGAAGUCCUUAUGCCGAUCGUGCUCCACACAGAACAGCUACAACUGCUAUAUUCUUUAAGCCUACAGGUACGUGAGCCGCACAUUCCUUUUACUAAAGAUAGGCCGUGAACCAAGUCAAGACUAGGAUCAAAAUGUUGAAUGGUAAAAUCUAACAUAUGUAUUUACUGAGACUGAAGUUCAGAAUCAAUUGGUAUAGAUAGAGUAUUGACUUGCUUGAUAGAUUCAUCUUGCCUUCCUGCCGGCCUAGUGCCCGUAACAGUAUUCCCCGUGUAUGAAAAUUGACUAGUUAGUGGGAUUCCUGCUAUUGGUUGUGUAGGAGUACUUUCGUGAAACUGCUCUGCUUGAGCUCACGCUUAAAUUGCAGCGACCCUCGUACUUCGCUCUGCUCUUGUGUACAUGGUUGAGAUUCCCUUCUAUGUCAAAGUCAGGGAUAUUAUCUGACAGGACGGAAGGGAGGGGGAGUGGAGAGAAAGAGAUCACAUUCUAUCCUAGGGCUAGGGAGAGACAUAUUCCAGCCUUCUUCCCGCAACAAACAAUCGAGCAGAAGGUCUGGCUGUGCGCGAAGAAGGACUUGACUUCGGCCAUUAGUUAAACUGCUUUCACGAGUUGUUGAGGUUAAUUCAAUCUUUCUCUCGCCCUUAGCCUGAGCCUAUUCUUCUUCACGUGAAAAUGAGCUCCAUCUCCUAUUCUGUGUUCGUGGAUAUCUGUACUAUUGGCAUUUGCCCAUCAAAGCCCUUAAUCAAUAGUAAAGUCCGAAGGUAAGGCGCAUUCUAUAACAGCUCUUAUUCCGUCAACAGGGGAUUCUUCCAUUCUAUGUGCGAGGAGGCCUAGCCCGGGAUGCCAAACAAGUCUUAUUGCAGGGUAUUCUCAAUCUUAGAAGGUAGUUUACUUACUUAGUGUCCUACGCUGAGGAGUUAACAAACAAAGUAGAUCCUUUCUUCCCUUCCUUAUUGCAAUAGUGGGCAAAUGCUGGGAUUAGAGCCGAUGUAGUUUAUCGGGUCGUUCCUAUGGAAAGUUGCAUUAAUGUUUUCUGGCCCAAGCAGUAAGGGAAAUCUCUCUUAUCUAAGGCAAAAGCAGUAAUUUCCUAGGCCUAGAAAAAGAGUGUUUUGUCUUCUCUUCUUACGAAAUGCCUACAUGGCUCAGUAAGAGUUUUGAUAUGCAAUCCAACCACGAUAUCCUAGGAAUUGAGUUCUUGCUCACGUCUUUUUUAACUAUGAGAGCUCUUUGUAUAAUAUCGUAAGAGAAUAAAAAGAAUCUUACGCCCAACAAGUCCCGUGCCUUUCUCGGUCGGACCGACCAGAAAUUGCGUUCCAAGUCUUUUUGCAUUUUUAGAGCAAGAAGCAGAACUACAAGAAGAGUAUAAAAGAUAAUGCCUAUAUUUCGCCGCUUUGACGAGAACAGACUGAAUAGUAAUAAAACAUAUAGUAAGAAAUCUUAUACUACUCAAUUUGCACCUGAACCAACGACGACUGUUAACCCAUCUGCCGCUUCUGGCGCUCAGGCUCAGGCGUUGACUGAACGUGCAGUAGAACUUAGGGCUCGAAUACACGACGUAUUAGGAGAGUUAAUGGUUAACAGAAGUCCCGACGAGGUUUUAACAGCGGCUCAGGCGGUGCAUGGGGAAAGCGACCUGAUCGUUUUUCUGGAGUGCCUUUUAAAUGAUUUGAACAUAAAUGGAGUCCAGAGUGAAGCUUUUGCUGAAACUUGGUUUAUAGCGGGGCAGGCCCCCACCAUCCCCAGCCCACUUGAGCAAUUUGCCAUUCUCCCAUUGAUUCCUAUGAAUAUAGGACACUUGUAUUUCUCAUUCACAAAUCCCUCUUUGUUUAUGCUACUCACUCUCAGUUUGGUCCUACUUUUGGUUCAUUUUGUUACUAAAAACGGAGGAGGAAACUCAGUACCAAAUGCUUGGCAAUCCUUGGUAGAGCUUAUUUAUGAUUUCGUGCCGAACCCGGUAAACGAACAAAUAGGUGGUCUUUCCGGAAAUGUUAAACAAAAGUUUUCCCCUCGCAUCUCGGUCACUUUUACUUUUUCGUUCUUUCGUAAUCCACAGGGUAUGAUACCUUAUAGCUUCACAGUUACAAGUCAUUUUCUCAUUACUUUGGGCCUCUCAUUUUCCAUUUUUAUUGGCAUUACUCUCGUGGGAUUUCAAAGAAAUGGGCUUCAUUUUUUAAGCUUUUCAUUACCCGCAGGAGUCCCACUGCCGUUAGCACCUUUUUUAGUACUCCUUGAGCUAAUCCCUCAUUGUUUUCGCGCAUUAAGCUCAGGAAUACGUUUAUUUGCUAAUAUGAUGGCCGGUCAUAGUUCAGUAAAGAUUUUAAGUGGGUUCGCUUGGACUAUGCUAUGUAUGAAUGAUCUUUUCUAUUUCAUAGGAGAUCUGGGUCCUUUAUUUAUAGUUCUUGCAUUAACCGGUCCGGAAUUAGGUGUAGCUAUAUCACAAGCUCAUGUUUCUACAAUCUCAAUCUGUAUUUACUUGAAUGAUGCUACAAAUCUCCAUCAAAGUGAAGUGGUUAUUUAUAAUUGAACAAAAGCGAGGAGCGAAGGCCGCAAUAGCCAUUAUUUUCACUCUUUUUUAAAUAAAAGAGACCGCCCUUGAUCUGCUACCUCUCCACUUGCAAUCUGAUUUGGAAACGGUCCUUCGUUUGGUACAUGUGGACUAGUAACUGACACAGGAGCAUCUCCAUCUCGAUCAAAGUUUCAUGUCUCGCUCGAUAGCAACAGCCAAACCCUUCUCUUUGUCAGCUCGAUCUGCUCUUUUUCUUGUAGAGGAAUGUGGAGCAAGGACUCUCACAAAGAUAGAACGGAAUGCCUAUUGCUUGGUAAAUUCCUUGCCACUCUCAUUUCAAUUCGCUACUUCCAUGAUCACUGCGGCAGGAUAAGUUUCCUUGCUCGGUAUCAGGUAUAGCUUGCUUUGCUCACUCACUGGGGCUGGGGGGCGGGAUAAGAAUGGUAUUGUCAUACCCAGUUUCAUGUGGCAAGGUACGGCUUCUCACUUUCUAAAAAAAUGAAGUGACAGAGCAAUCGGGAUCCGUACUUUGUCAUCGAUCCAAUUCCUACCUCUCUUUGUUUCUCUCAAUCACAUACGUAGGAAACAGAAAAAAUGGGACAACCAAAAACUUUAGCAACGGUCGGAAUGACUUUUCUUCAACUUGACGGUGGAGCUUUCAAACCUGCUCCGGAUUUCAGGAGUAUAGGAAGUGCAUAUGAGUUCAUGAGUCAAGGUGCGCUUCUCCUCCAAUCGAAUAUCGAAUCUAUUCUACUAAAGCAACAAAGCCAAGAGGGGAAGUAUACCAGUCCGGCGCAAUCAGCUAUAAACCAAACCACUCCCUUUGUUCUGCAACUGGACGGUCUCCCGAAACAGGUCAACUGGUAAAUCCGGAACAUUCCCUUAUUGAAAGAAUGCCCCGCUUCAAUCUCUUGCUUGCUUUGGUGCCUGGUCCAAGGAAAGGAGUCGAAGUCUGCCUUCAAAUAAGCAAUCACAAAGGCUGAUCGGUCAUAGGCUCCGCCCUUGUUUUAGAUCUUCUAUCUCUAGCAUUGGCUAGCGAAGCAGUAGUGGCAGAGGUCGAGCUGGUAAGCUAGCUCAUAGGGCCGGCUGUCGGAUGCGCUAAGGAUGCUUAUUCUUUCGUGCUAGGAGCAGUAUGCAAGCUAGGAGUUUAAUGUGAGGCGAUAGUGCCUACUGUCGAUAGGUAGCUCAUCCCUUGCUUGGUAGUUCAAGACGUAGGCGCUGUUGUCUUUCGUGAGUGUGGGCGUGAGGCAGGAUCAAACAAGGACAGGAAGUCAAGCUCACCCGGGAGAUAAGGCCAAUAAACAACCCAAAUUCCUGCCUCCAGUCCAGACGAGCAGAGGAAGAUAUUUGAUUCAAGGAGGGAAGUUCAUAACUUAUGCCCCAGGUACCACCUCCCAAUUCUCCGCCGAGUUCAAGCAUAGCAGAUUGAGGGAAGAAGAUAGGUAUGAAUUAAGGCUCAUCUUGAAGCGCUAAAACAUAGGUUUUGAAUGAUGACAUGUACUUCAGGGUUUUCUAUCCAGGCGGUAAGCAUUACUUUAGCAAGUAAUCCGUUGCUUGUUCUCAGUCGGCGAAGCCUAGGGCCUCACAUCCGGAGUUCUUUCUAUUUAAUGCUUCCACCUUCCGGCCUACUACUUGGUUUCUCGUUCCUCGCCUUCCUAGCUUUCCUCGGUCUCGGUUUCCUCGACCUUUCACUUUCAACUGAAUAUUCUCUCCUUCGGUUAGCUAUGUUAGAAUGAGUUAAGGAAGCGCGUGCACGCGCGAGACUAUUCUAUUCUACGGACUUGAUUGCAGUGUACUCUUUCUUCCUCAUCUGAGGAAUGGGCCAAGCCGAUCCGUUGUUGGCUCAGAAAGUUCAUUUGCUAGUUCGAAAGAAGCUGAAUCCGGGUGCAAAUGGGAUUUCAAAUGGUUCUUCUGUUUCGGAGCAUGCUGCGCAGACUCACUUGGUAAAUAGCCUUACCUAAAAGAGUCAAGGUGCUCACACAUGAAAUUACCUUUUUUCAACAAAUAUUCAAUGUAUGUUUUAUGCCAUACUGGGGCAAAGUCAUCGAGACCAUAUCCAUCACCGGGAAGAAGCGAAGCCAGAAUUGAAGUAGGAUAAGCCUGAGAUAUCUAGUACAGUAACAGUGGUCGAAUUGCUGCAUAGCCUGGUCUAUAAUACGAAUUAGGCAAAUCCUAGUUCUCAAGUUAGCUCGGGGAGAAGAGGGUGACAAAGGAAGGAUAGGAAUAUUGAUUGAAUCACAAACCUCUUAUUUAUAUAUAUAUAUAUUAUUAUUUAUAUAGAAGAAGGUCCAAUCACGAAUGCUUUCAGUUCCUGUGAUAUAAAGUUGCACGAAACAAAUGGGCGGCUAUUAGUAUAAUCUUAAGCCAACAAUUCCUUCUUUCCAGGAAAGCCCUUUUUUGGCAUCAAUGAAACUCUGUGAUCUAGGAUUAUAAACCUCAUUCAGUCUGGGAGAUAGUGGAAUUUCGUACAUACACCUUUAUUUAAAAGGUAUUAGUAGUAGUCAAGUCAAAUCCUCUCUUCAUUCUCUGCUUCCUUUCUUUCCUUUCCUAAUUCAGCCCUUGGCGAGUUGGUACAAGAGAUGGCGCAUUUCGCUGAGGAGGAGGCAUUCAUAGUCUAAGAAUCGGGCAAGCCGUCUUUCGUACCCUUGCCCUUGGGAUGAGCCAACGCAGACAGUAAGUAAGAUAGCUGUAGAGAAAACAGAUUCAUCUCAGGUCUUGAAGUAAAGGCUGCUAACCCUAUUCCUAGUUGGUAUCCCGAAGCUUCGUUUAACGACGUAUUCUAAGAGCUAUCCAUCAAUAUAGAUGGAAGAACCAAUGUGGCAGAGGAAGUGGUUCCGUUGUCUCAGCCCCCAUAGGUAGUCAAUUCCUUCAAUAAGAAGGAGCUAGCCUAUCCUGCCCCUUGCUUGUGAUCGUGAUCUUGGAAUUGAACACUCCGACCUGGAAAAUAUUUUACUCAAUCAAUAUCUUAGUCAAUCGCCUUUCCUACUUCGAUUCCAGCGAAAGCGGUUGGUCAAUAGCUUCAAAGUGAGUUAGCAGAAGAGAUUGAUCCCAACAUGUCAAGGAAGGGCAACACUAAAGUAUGGGUGCCUUGAGAAAUGGGUUUGGUUCGGGCAGCUGGAGCAAUGGUUUUUCUAAGACCAGCCCUGUUGCAAAGACUUUCUCCUCGGGUUCGUAUUAGCGUAUUCGGCUCUGUACCCAAUGCAUCCUACCUUCCAUCAAUGGGACCGAUGUAGGGCCCAAUCAUAGUCAAAAUCAGACUUCAAUCCUGGCAAAGGAGUCGAUAGUGAGAAUCCAGUAUAAAGUAAAGUCUAAAUCUUCCUGUUGCUGAGAUGGACCCUUUUGUUGAUGAAGAGAUAGCGCCAAUUUCCUUCACAAGUGCUUCGAAUGCCUUUUCUCUCGAAAUCGGACAUUGAUAGGAAUAGAUUCGCUAUGGGUAUAGGCUCUCAAAGGCCUUCUCCUUGGGUCAAGUAAGUCCUUCCUACUCCAUGUAUUGGUGCUUCCCUUUGGCGGGGUUCUAUUCUGCAAUUCAUUCUAAUUAGUCUUGGUGGGGAAAGAAAGCAGAGCAAAAAUCCGUUUGCAGCAAGCCUCUUCAAAAGCUGCAUUCAAUAGGUCUUAGCACUAUUGGACUAUCAAAACUGGAGUUCUUUUGCCUUUCCUUUCGCCCGCUCAGCACGUACUUCACCACACCUCUUGGCUUACGGGCAAUCUACCUUUCAGUUACUUUGUCUUAGCUCAGGCUAGGAGAAGUUCACUCAAGCAGAUAGUUCACAUAGUAAAGUCAGCAAGCAGAUAGCUCACAUAUCUACUUGACGCUCCCAAAAGUACGAGACGGCAGCGG